AUGUCACACGUUGUCGCGGCGCGCGUGUCGCAGGGGCAGGCGGGCUGCAAUAAGCCGCACACAACUGGCCGUGCGGGCCGCGCUCUGUUUGCUGCCAAACCUCCUGAGGAGGCCAACAGCCUCAUGCAGCGCACCCGCGGGAUGGGUACAGCCGGUGCCUCGGCAGCCAGCAGCGGCCAGGAUGACCCGGGGCCGGUGAAAGCGGCGGCGGCGCAGGCGCUGCGCCGCGGCGCCUCGGCUGUACAGGCCCCGAGGUGGGGCGGCGGGGGCGGCGCCAACGGCGGACCGUCGAGCCCGGCGGGCGGCGGUGGCGGCAGCGCUCUGGGUCGCAUGGGGACCUCUGCUUUGGUCGAUAAACUCCUGAACAUGAUGGGUGGCGGCGGCGGCGCCAGCAACGGCAGCGGGCUGCAACGCGCGCCGCUCAGCAGCCCGAGCCCCGCCGCCGCACGUCCCUUAGUGCGCGCGAAGAGCGGCAGCCCCAGGCAGUUUGCAGCCGGCAGUGGCGGCGGCGGCGGCGGUGGCGCCGGCAGCCUCAGCAGCAGUGGCGGCAACAGCCCGGGGUCCCCCACCGGUGCCUCUGGCUGCCUGGCCGCCCGGCCGCCGUCGGCGUCGCUCCAGCGGCCCCUGCGCCCCGCACUGCAGGACGCGCCGGCCGGGGAGCGGCGGCUGCGCUUCGCCGAGCCCGCCGCCCCCGCGCGCGGCGGCGCCGGGGACAGCAGCGACAGCAGCGAUGAGGACGAGCGGCCGGCGACCAGGCGCAGCAUCUUCAAGCGCGCACACACGGCAAAUUUGGCGGGCAUCCAUGCAGCACCCGUCCUGGCUACUGACGCGGCGGGCGCGUCUUUGACCAAGGGUCAAGUGCAGCAGCAGCAGGCGCAGCAGCAGGAGUUGCUGCAGCAGCAGGCGCAGCAGCAGCAGCAGGCGCAGCAGGCGCAGCAGGCGCAGCAGCAGCAGGCGCAGCAGCAGCAGCAGCAGCCCCAGCAGCAGCAGCAGCAGCAGCAGCAGCAGCAGCCCCAGCAGCAGCAGCAGCAGCAGCAGCAGCAGCAGCAGCAGCAGCAGCAGCAGCAGCAGCAGCAGCAGCAGCAGCAGCAGCAGCAGCAGCAGCAGCAGCAGCAGCAGCAAGUGGACUUGGCGAGCAUAAUGAAGUCCCCAGCGCUGGCUGCCUCAAUCUCCACAGAACCGCAAUUCAAGAUCCAGUCAAGCCAGCCCACCCCCACUAACAGCAGCAGCGGCGCAUCGGCCGCAGGCGCCAGCGGGGAUAGGGUGCUUUGCGUGUCGCCCGGCCUGCCGCCGGCCAUGCAGCGCGCGCAGUGGCGGCUGUCGGACUUCCGGCGGGUGGAGACUGUUUAUGAGGGGCACGCCUCGAGCGUGUACAAGGCGCGCGACCUGCGCAGCGGCGAGAUGGUUGCACUGAAGCUGUACCACCACGGCCGCCUCAACGCCGUCAGCUCACACCAGGCGAGCACCUCACGCCUGAGGGCUGCCUCAAGCGACAUUUUUCGGGACGCGCCCGCGCCCGCACCCGCGCCCCCCGAGCAACCGCCCCCCGGCUUGGUCCCGGCAGCGGUGGUGUGA